CACACCUCUUCGUUGACAUUUUGGGAUAUGCUUGCAACGGACGCUGUGUUACGCGACUUUCAGCACGUACUUUGCAUGUCCACAAUACAUGCACACGGCUGGUGCGGGGCAAAUCCGCGACGCGAUACCUCAAGCAUCGCCUAGAAUCGCCAACUCAACACGCUAAUGAAGCUCAGAAACAAUUUCUCUCAACCUCAUCUUUACCUACACGCCGUGCUCUCUCAUCGACUUAACAUGACUGGCAUCAAGUUCUGGUCAUAGACGAUCGACCUCAAUCAAUAGUUGCAACCAUGGGCACGGCUGCCAUAGCCCAGGACGAUGUGGCGAAUACAUCACAAGCCAAAGCUUCUGAUCGCAGCAAUGUUCAUACAUUGCCCGAAACCUCAAGCGAAUUAUCUCUCGGCGACGAGGCACGCGAGUAUGAUGCAUCUUUAGAACGCAAAGUCCUCCGCAAGAUUGAUAUCUUCUUGAUGCCGGCUAUGGUCAUUGGCUAUGGACUCGUCUACUACGAUAAAGCGAUUCUGGGCAGCGCAGCAUUGUUCGGUAUGACGACCGAUCUCAGCCUUGCCGUCACCGACAGAAGUACGACACCGCCUACAGUAGAUACUUCGCGCCUAUCAUGGGCCACAUCGGUCUUCUACUUUGGUCAGCUUGUUGGUUCCUACCCAAUGACCUACCUUCUCCAAAGACUAAACCUACGCUGGACGCUUGGACCAAUGGUCAUGAUGUGGGCUGUGGUUUGCGCCGCUACAGCAGGUGUCACAUCUUGGCAAGGUCUCAUCGUCAUUCGAUUCUUCCUUGGCUUCACUGAGUCCAUCGUGCCGACAUCCUUCAUGAUCAUCGUCUCUGGCUACUAUACGCAACGUGAACAAGCUCUUCGUCAAUCUUGGUGGUUCUCAGGCACAGGCUGGUUCACAGUCAUCGGUAGUGCUCUCAACUACGGCUUCGCCCAAAUUGAAGGCGGAGCUCUCGCAUCUUGGCAAUACAUCUACGUACUCGCGGGAGGGCUUACCUUCCUCUUCGGCAUCUGGUGUUUCUUCCUCCCAGACUCUCCGCACACAGCUUGGUACCUCACCCCAGCCGAACGCAUCGUCGCUGUCGAACGCCUGCGAAAAGGUCAAACCGGCACCCGGCACCUCACGCAUGGCAUCAAGAAAUCGCAAAUCAAGGAAUCCCUCCUCGAUCCCAAAGUUUGGCUCGUCUCCCUCAUCAUGGGCUCAGCCUACACCGUCAACGGCGCCGUGUCCGGAUUCGGUCCCCUCAUUGUGUCCACAUUCGGCUACACUCCUCUCGAAUCGAUCCUCUUCCAGUUUCCAUUAGGCGCGAUCUGCGCUGUCGGCAUACCUUUGGCCGGCUACCUCGCCUCUCGCUUCAAAAACAUCCGUAUAAUUCUCCUCUUACUCUGUACCCUUCCCGUCAUCGCCGGCUUCAUCACCAUCUGGCAAUCCUCUUGGGGCGUCCGACCUGUCGCGCCUGUCGUAGGCUACUCUCUCAUCGGCUUCUUCGGGCCUGUCGUCAGUUUGACUGUGACCCUCGGCGCUGGAAAUGUUGCAGGAGAAACAAAGAAGAGUUUCAUGGCCAGUGCAGUCUUUGUGGCAUACUGCGUGGGCAAUAUUGUUGGACCACAAAUGAUUCGAAGCCAGACGAGAGCGAGGCAUUAUCCUGAGUUGUGGGCAGGGUUGAUCGGAUGUUAUGGAGUCACAAUUGUGGCGGCCGUCACGUUGUACUGGGUACUAUGGAAAGAAAAUCGAAGAAGGGACAGACUGGGCUUGGAUGAUGAGAAGGAGAAGGAGAGGUUGGGGUUCAGGGAUCUGACGGAUAAGGAGAAUUUGCAUUUUAGGUAUGUUCUGUAG